AAAAACCUUGGGUAAGAAUUGGGCAAAUCCGAAUCCAUUUUCAGCUCAACAAAGUAGAAAUUUUGAUCAUAAAUCCCACAAAAACAAGUAUUCAUCCAGGGAAUCAAAAUUCAGGAUGCCGCAUCUUCUGCAGCAAAUUCAUCCCCAGCCCCAUCUUUCGCCACUGAAACUCUCAUCUUCCUUGCCAUCUUCACCAUUUCCCUCUCAAUUUCAAGCUUCCCGCCCAUGGUUUUACUCCCCAAGUUCUGUCACCCUUCUUCGUCCACCUCGGAUGAUGGGCGCAACCAUACGGUGUAUGGCCAAUUCACGGAGGGUUAAAAUGGUGGCCAAGCAGAUUCAGAGGGAGCUUUCCGACAUGCUUCUUACCGAUAAGGUCUUGCAGUACGCCAUUCUUCCCGAGGCCUCUUUGGGAGCUGAUAAGUAUCUCUCGUCUCUCACCACCAUCACCGAUGUUGAAGUUUCUGCCGACUUGCAGGUGGUUAAAGUAUACGUAUCGGUCUUUGGUGAUGAAAGAGGAAAGGAUGUUGCUAUUGCCGGGUUGAAGUCUAAAGCUAAAUAUGUUCGAAGUGUAUUGGGAAAACGUAUGAAGCUUCGGCUAACUCCUGAGAUUCGCUUUAUAGAAGAUGAAUCUUUUGAGAGAGGAAGCAGGGUAAUUGCCAUAUUGGAUCGGAUCAAGGACAAAAAGAAGGAUAACGAUGAUGAAGACUUCGAGCCAUCUGAACUAUCUGAUACUCUUGAAGACGACAGGGACUGGAAAGGUGAUGAUGCUGAUGAAGACAUUAUAUAUGUACAAUAGCUUACUCCAUUUCUUGUCAACCUUAUGGUCAUCUGUGCUGAGGCAUCGGUUUGUUCUCGCAGAGCAAGAAGUCAAAGAUGCUUCAACCACCAAGAAGUCAGAAUGUUGUUCCUCAAAGAUUCUCCACUGUACCAUCCAAAGUCUAUUAUCCUUAAAAGAUGGUAGACAGAAAUUGCUUGUUUUCUCUUCUGAUUCAAUUGUUUGUAGUUGCAUAGAGAUAAUGAUAUCAUAUAUACAUAUUCUAACUCCCACUCAUCGAAUUAAAAUAUCGAUGUCGAGAAAAAAAGUCAUUUUGUAAUAUUAUUUGUCAUGAUUUGACUUUUUUUUUUUAAUUUUAUUUUCUUGAUAUUUCCAAAGAAAAAAGUAUAUAUUUCUCUUCGACAUCGGUAUCGGAUGUUUUGAU